AUGACUGUACAGCAGCAGCAGCAGCAGCAGCAGCAGCAACAGCAGCAGCAGCAGCAGCACCACCAGCAAGGGGUUUACGAACAUCACCAGACGGGCACAGGGGGCCCCCCUUCUCUACCCCCUCAGGGGCCCCUCUCAGCUCCUACUUCUUUGCCGCAGCUGAACCCUGUUGCUGCAGUUGCUGCUGAUACCCAACAAGGGGGCCCCCCUCGGGGGGCCCCCCCUGGGGGCCCCCCUGGGGGGCCCCUUGGGGGGCCCCUGGGGCCCCCAACAUCUGCGGGGGCCCCCAUACAACCUGCUGACUGGGGGCCCCUGCUGCAGGGGGGAGGGCCUGCUGAGGCGCUCAUAGCCAGACACGGCGACGAAGAUACACACAACCUGCAGCAGCAGCAGCAGCAGCAGCAGCAGCAGCAACAGCAGCAGCAGCAGCAGCAGCAGCAGCAACCUGCAGCUACCCAUAAACACCUUCCACUCUGCCCGCAGACAUCCGCCCCUCAGCGCAUGCAGCAGGAGACAGAUCGCCACGCAUACGAACAGCAGCAGCAGCAGCAGCAGCAACAGCAGCAGCAGCAGCAGCAGCAGCCGCAGCAGUUUGGAGGUAUACACCAGCUGCAGCUGCAGCAACAGCUGCACCUCACUCCUGGCUGCCCUCAGGGGGCCCCUGCUCAGCCCCCAAGAGUUGAAGAGGGGGCCCCUGGGGGCCCCCCUGGGGGGCCCCCUGGGGGGGGCCCUGGGGGGGCCCCUGGGGGGGCCCCCGGGGGGCCCCCAGCGGCGGCUGUGGGGCCCCUGGUGGUGCAGAGGCACAGAGCGUCAACAGACCAGGCUGCUGCUACUGCUGCAGUGGUUGCUGCUGCUGCAGCAGCAGCAGAUGCAGCAGCAGCAACGCGACCCGGUGAAGACAAGAGGGGGCCCCCACACAGUGAGGGGGCCCCCCCCGCAGCUGAGGCAACAGAAAGAAAGAGAAAGAGCACAGCGAGGGCCCCCGUGUCUUCUCGGCGUAAAGUUGCUGCUGCAGUCUGUCCCCAGCAGCAGCAACAGCAGCAGCAGCAGCAGCAGCAGCAACAGCAGCAGCAGAAUCAGCAGCAGCUGCUGUGGCAGCAACCUGAUAUAGCUCUGCUGCUGCGGCAGCAGCAAACCAUGCAGGGCCUCCCGGUUAGUGGGGGCGGGGGGGCCCCAUCGCAGCAGCAGCAGCUGCUGAUUCUGCAGCAGCUGCUGCAGCAGCAGCAGCUGCUGCAGCAGCAGCCACAGUGGCAGCUGCCGCUGCAGCAGCGGCAGCUGCUGCCUUCGCAUGCACCGCAGGAGCAGCAGAUUGGGGCGCAUGUGCUGCCGCAGCAGCAGUCAUCUGGGGCUCCUGCUGCUGCUGCUGAUGCUGCAGCAGCAGCAGCAGCAACACCUGCCGCUGCUGCUGCUGCUGCUGCAGCAGCAGCACCGCAGCAGCAGCUGCAGCAGCUGCUGCAGCUGCACGAGGCUGCUGUGCAUCUGCAGCAAAGAGAAUUAGGUUUAUCUAUGCGCGAGCUGGAGGCCCUGUAUCUCCCCCUGCUGUGGAACAAAAACAGCAGCAGCAGCAGCAGCAGCAGCAGCAGCAGCAGCAGCAGCAGCAGCAGCAGGUGGAGCACACCAAUGAGGAGAUAUAGUUUUUAUAAAGUAGUAAAGGGGGGGGCCCUGGGGGCCCUCGGUGAAGGGUGCUGGAUGGUGUGGCCCGCAGAGAGACAGGACGCCAGCAGCCUGCGGCUGCAGCAGCAGCUGCAGCUGCUGCUUGCAUGCACAUACGGGGAGAAGAAGCAGCUGCUGCUGCUGCAGCAUAUAUGGUGUACAGGCACAGAUGCAGCAGCAGCAGCAGCAGCUACUACUACUACUCCUGCUCCUGCUCCUGCUGCUGCUCCUGCUGCAGCAGCAGCAGCAGCAGCAGCAGCAGCAGCAGCAGCACGAAAGACAACAGAAAUAACAAAUACUGCUAUGCUGCUGCCGCCUCCCUGCUGCUUCUCCUGGGCAGCAAAAAAGAGAGGCAUCCCUUUUGUAUGGAAACGAAUAGCAAGCGAGCAGCAGCAGCAGCAGCAGCAGAUGUUGCUGCAGCAGCAGCAGCAGCAGCAGCAACAACUCCUGCUGCAGCAACACGGAAUACAACACACACCAUACUCAGCUGCCUUUCUUGAUCCUUUCUAA